AUGGACCAGUCAGAUUCUCAGGGUGAGUCCGACUCAAGCGACUCGUUGAAUGAUACUGACGGAAGUGAUAGACACCGACGCAGGACGAGUCCACAUAAGGAGAAGUCUGCUGAUUCCUCUUCAAUCACUGCUACCUUCGUGAAUGACGAAAGCGGCAAUCAGUCGAGGGCAUUGCCAGCACCACAAUCGCCUGUCACCGAGACUCAGUCGAACGCCGCAGACGAAGUUCAUGGUGGGGGUGAAAACACGUCAGGGGAUCCUGAACCCGUUGAGCCAGAUAGAAGCAACUCUGAGGCACCCACUUCUCGUUCACAAGGCAACGCUUCACCCGUUAAUACUGAGCCCAACAAUUCCUCUUGCCAAACGGACGGCACUUUAGACGUCGAAAUUGUCGACGACACUGACAGCGUUUCGACUCCGGUCGCCGAUUCCUCCGUACCGCAGGAGCCCCCAACCAAGGCUGUCGUCUCCCGACGCCGACUGACCCGCAAAAGUGUGCAACGGGCCGAGUCGUCAGUUGGUACCGAAUCUGUGGAGAAUAAUAAGUCGUCGGAACCGUCUGAGAGUGGCAAGCAAAAACAGCCCGAAGCGAUCACUGGCGGUGAACCAGGUAGGCCGAGAAUCGACUUUGAACGGCUCCGUCGGAUCCGCGCGCUGAUUAACAACCCCGCCAGUCUUGAGUUCACCUUCGACGAGCUUGAUAAACUCGCUGAGGUAGUCGACAAAUCCUCGCAAAACCCAACUCAAACCGACCACCAGAUCUUGUGA